GUGGUUUUUAAACAAAACAAUACGACCAGACAAAUGGACAGACAUACAACUAACUAGCUAGACAUCAUUUGUUUAUGAACAACAAUAAAUACUUCUUUUACAUACAAUACAUGACUUCUAUUUUAAGACCUCCAUGUCAAAAAUAUUAAAUUUAGAAGUAUAUAAAUAAAAGAGGUCGUUUCAUAACUUUAUAGAAACAGAAACAAUUUGGAUUUCAAACAGAACACAGAAACAAUUAACUAAGUCAACAUGCGUGCCUUUAUUAUUUUAUGCCUCGUAGCAGUCGCUUGUGCAGACAAAUUGGGUUACAACUACCAACCUGUUGGUCAUUCCGAUUCUGGUUUAUCUUUCCAACCUGGAUCUGGUGUUGGUGGUGGUUUGGAUACCGGUGCUUCUUAUGAUGCUCCUUCAUACUCAGCUCCUGCUGAGUUCGAUAAGGAAUUCUUCUCAUUCUCUGCUCCCGAAGGUGAAUUCGAUGAUCCCAAUGCCGCUCAAAAGAUUGCUGGUAGUGUGAAACAAGGUCUCCGUGUUGUCUUCAUCAAGGGACCCGAAAACAAGGGACUCGAAGAUGCCGCACUCGCUUUGGCCAAACAAGCUGCUGAUCAAAAAACUGCCAUCUACGUCCUCAACAAACAAGCCGAUAUUGGAGAUUUGGCCAACAGACUCAAUGCCCUCAACAAGAACAACAACAACAAACCCGAAGUUCACUUUGUCAAAUACCGUACCCCUGAAGAUGCCGCCAACGCUCAAAAAGCCAUCCAAAACCAAUACGAUUCUUUGGGUGGACCUUCUCAAUCUCACAAUGGCGGUGUUGCUCCCGUCCUCAACUUUGCUUCUCAAGCCUCAGUACGCGCUCCCACAGCUCAUGCUCCCGGCAAUGCUUACUUGCCUUCAUCUGUGUUCCGUCGUCGCUUGUAAGUAAUAAGAAGCACAUAGCCAAAGAGACUGAUCCUUUAUUAUUUUUUAUCCUGUUGUUAAUUUGUUAUUAACUUUGUUAUGUUUUACAUCGAAUAAAAUUUUGUUUAAGUAUUAAUUUUAUAAACAAAUG